CUUUGAGCUCCGGAGAUAGAUUUUUUUUUUUUGGGUAAUGGCUUCGUCGCUGCAAAGCUCUGGGAUGUUGACGAAAGAGCAAAUGGUUUACCUCUUUGAUCAAUUCGAUUACUUGACAUCGCAAUCUGAUGUGAAGAAACGAAUCUCUGACGCUGUAAAGGAUAAGCAGGAAGCUGUUGCGGUCACUACUGCUAUUCAAGAGGAGAUAUUCUUGGAGAUGGGAAUUGAUCCGGGAUUUGGUAUUGGCUGCUUGGGAAAGUUGAACUCAACAUUUGAAAAUGAUAAAGAGUUGAUGAUUGGUUUCUACAAGUUCCUCGCUAAACUUUUUUAUAGGGAAGAGAUGGCAUGUGAAGAAGCUGAGCUUGGACCAGAAGGAUUUGAACAGAAAAUGAUAGCACAACAACAGUUACAAGAACAGCAACUGGAGAUGCUUAUGUAUAUGCGGAAAUUUUCUCUAGAUGAGCAAUCAGUUAUCCUUCAAAAGCUUCAAAAGCAACUCGAAAGUGCAGAUUUUGAUCCUGAGGCAUCACUUUUGUCAGUAGAGGAAAUGGAGGAAGCAGGAAGAAGAAGAGUGUCACCUGUUUUUGGAGGCAGAUAGCUUUUCUAUUCUCACAAGCUACUUCAAUUUCUGUACUCAAGUCUCUCUUCUCUUGUCAUCUCCAUGUAAAUGUAAAAAAAAGUUGAAAGUCGAAACAUACAGUUAACUUAUCACAACUGUUAUCAUUUGUUCUUGGAAAUGUCA